AUGAAUUUCAAAGUCCAACGGCGUUUACUUUUAACUGGUACACCCCUUCAAAACAAUCUAUUGGAACUUGUAUCCUUGUUAUCAUUUGUUAUGCCAGAAAUGUUUCUGAAGAGCACAGACUUGCUGAAACGAAUUUUCCAAAUAUAUUCCAAACCUAUGAAUUCUCGUGGUGAUGAACAGGAAACCGAUAGUGUUUCUGUGAGAAGCAGUUUCGAACAGGAGCGUCUUAUUCAAGCGAAAAACUUACUUCAACCAUUCUGUUUACGGCGAUUAAAAGCACAGGUUCUUGCUCAACUCCCUCCGAAAACCAAUGAAGUGGUUUUAGUACCUAUGACACAAUCCCAGGCAACUCAUUACUAUGAUCUUGUCAAAGCGCUUACGUUCACAACUGAAUGUGAGCACGGCGAUGAAAAUGCUGAUCCAGAUGGUAGUAAUUCUAAAAGCCAACGUGCACCGAAGAAAAAAACUCGUUUGGAUAAUCAUACCACAGUAAAUGGCACGAAGUCAUUUCCAGUUCCUUCAGCUGCUGGAUCUCUCCAAUCACCUUGUAAUAUGAUUACAGCGUUACGCAAGGCAGCAAACCAUCAAACGUUAUUUUCUGGUUUGGCAUAUACGGAGUCGAACCUACGAGAAAUUGCUGAUUCCUUGCAUGUAGAUCCGAGUCAUUCUAAUGCUGAUCCAAAUCUUAUAUACGAAGAUCUUUUAGCAAUGAGUGAUCACCAAAUUCAUAAACUAUGCCAAUUCUAUGAGGUACUAUCACCAUACACUCUACCUCCAGAAUCAAUCGUUUCUGGAUCUGGGAAGAUUGAAUGGUUAAAUAGUAAUCUACCUAAAUUAAUCUCCGAAGGACAUCGUAUUUUAAUUUUUAGUCAAUUUGUUAUUAUGUUGGAUAUCUUAGAAGAAUUUUUGAGAAUAACUAACAGGCGUUAUAUACGUUUGGAUGGGACCACCCCUGUUUCUGAGAGGCAGACUUUAAUUGAUCGUUUUAACAGCUCAUCGAUCGAAGUUUUUCUCUUGUCUACGCGAGCUGGUGGGUUAGGUAUAAAUCUGACUGGUGCUGAUACCGUAAUUAUACAUGAUAUUGACUUCAACCCAUACAACGAUAGACAAGCCGAAGAUCGCUGUCAUCGAUUAGGUCAGAAGAAUCCUGUUCAUGUUAUACGGCUAAUUUCUGAAGGUACAGUAGAGGAGGGUAUGCUGCGUAUAGCAACUGAAAAACUGCAAAUGGAGCGAAACGUAACGGGCUACAUAUCUGAAAAUACAGAACAAGCCGAUGUAUGUGAAGACGAUGCUCGUGUUGGUUCCCGGGGUAGAAAGUCAAAGCCGACUAGCUCAAUAUCAUGUUCCAGUCUGGAUGGUAUGAUAGAACAUGAGAAUGUUUUCAAGGUUCUUGGAAAUUGGAAUUCAACUGUCACAGAUAUCAGUUUAUCCAAUGUCAAUCCUGUAUCUUCUAAUCGUAUUAGUGAACGAGAUGUUCGCUCCCUUCUCUCAGAUGCUUUAAAAGUGUAG